ACAUCUAUUUAAACCCAUCUUCAUCAAACGCUUGCAACAUUUCAAGGAAAACCCAUUUGAUUAAAGCAUUUCAAAAAGAUGAGUUCAACAAGCAGAGCAUGGAUGGUGGCCGGAACCGUUGGAUUGGUGGAGGCACUCAAAGAUCAAGGGUUUGCACGGUGGAACUAUACCGUUAGGGCCAUCCACCACCACACCAAGUCCAAUCUCCGGUCAAUCUCUGGUACCAAGAACCUGUCAUCACCAGUGGCCAUGGCUUCUAGCAGGGGAAUGGAAGAGAAAAUAAGGCAAUCGGAUGAGUCAUUGAGAAAAGUCAUGUAUUUAAGCUGUUGGGGUCCCAAUUAAAUCAUCUGUUUCAGCUUUUGGUGUCUAGAUGCAUAGAUAGAUUUUACUUGUAAUUAUGUACGAUAUUUGGUAUUAAUGAUGAAAUCUAUUAAUU